GAUUAAUUCUGUCACCAAAAAAAUCAAAAAAGCAGAAAACCAACCGGGCCGCCUCCCCUUUUUGUUUCCCAUCCCUCGAAUUUUCCCGAUAAAUAUCUCACUUUCUCGCUGGAAAUUCGAAAGUAGAAACCCUAGCAUUCUCCGAUUACUGCCGGAAAAUUGAAAUUGGGCGCCAAAUUCUUCCGCGUUGCUAACGUUUGCGGAAAUUUGGGUUGCAAAACUAAAAUGGCGAAGACUCCUCCGCCAGCGAAGAGGAAAUCCGAGAGAUUUGAGAUGAAGAAGUCGACGCAGAGCCCGCUGCGGCGGUCGUCGAGGGCGAAGAACCACUCGUCGACUUCGUCUGGUUCGAAAUUGUCUGACGGUAAAAGCUCGGCGUCGUCGUUAAUGGAGCUGCGGAAUAGGGAAGUAGGGAAGAGCCAGAAGCAGAAUGUAGUGGGAAAGAAGAUACUGGAUUAUAAAAGUUACAAGGCAAUGUUUCUGAAAAAUGGAAAGAAGGAUAAUGCAGCAGUAAAUGAAAGCAAAGGCAAUUGCGAAAAGUUGUUGAAGGUGUUGUGUAGCGGAAAGCGGGAAAGUCAGCCUAAGGAUGAAGAGCAACACCUUAGGUUUCAGAAAAAGGUGGUGGAGGGAGAGUACAAACAGUGGACAUCUUGUUCCGGUUUGUCUCAGGGGAAACGGAAAAGGGAACAACAGCUUGAUGUGUUGUCAGCGAUACAGCAAGUUGAAAGUGGUAAAGUUGUGAAAAAGCGCAGGACAGUUGUAAAUAGAAAUGAUGAUUCACCCCAUCUAAAACCAGGAUCAGAGGGAAAAUCAAGUCCUGGAUGUAAGAAAGGAGCUUCUGUAACUCCAGCAGAUAUUGUGCCUGAUUCUUCUACCAGGACAACUGGUUGUGAAAAUACAGUAACGGAUGAAAAUUGUGCCUCUACUUCUCAUAAUGUGGAUAAAAAUGGAUUAGAAAAACCGGAGAGUAACCUGUUUGAAUCUGAGGAGAGAAGAAAAUUGUGUGAUGGCCAGAAGAGUCUCCAUCUGCUUUUGAAGCCACGGAUGUCAAAAUUAUGUGAAAUCCUACAACUUUCUGAAGAUCUGAAGGAUACGGUCAGAAUGCUUCUUGAAUAUGUAAUGAGUAAUCACAGAGUAGAUACAAAACCAGCAACAAUACUGCAGGCAUUUCAGAUAUCUCUGUGUUGGGCUGCAGCUUCAUUUCUCAAGCAAAAAGUCAACCACAAAGAAUCACUUUUGCUUGCAAAGCAGCACCUUAACUUUACUUGCACAAAGGACGAGGCAUACUCUUUUUAUUCAAUGCUGCAGUGUUUGAAGACAACCUUUUUACUACAUACAGGGACUUUUAAGGAUGCAGAGUCUCUAAAGUUCGCUAAGUUAUCAGGUAAAGGUGCUCUGAAGCACCAUUUAAAUGCAAAGGGUACACAAUCAACGAUUUCUAACUUGCAGAAGGUCCAAUCAGAGGUCAAAGACUUGACUGUGAAUCCAGAAUAUGUAGCACACAAAGAUGUUUCAAAAAGUAUCAAAGGAAUUCGUAAAAAGUUCAAGAAGAAGAUGACAAAACUUACUGAGAAGCAUAAAAAAGAGAAAAUUGAGUUUUGGAAAAAUUACGAGGAAGAAAAGGGGUGUCUAGAAAGAGAGAACAAAACAGAGUUGGCCGUUAUUCAAUCUUGUUUCCAGAUUAAUACUUCAAUGAGAUCAGAUAAGCUCAAGAAGUUGGAAAAGGAAAUUGAAGAACAUCAACAACGUGUGGACAUAGAUCUUGAGCGUCUUGAGGCACUGCAGCAGGAAGCAUUGUAUAAGUUGAUGGAUAAGCAGAAACAAUUGUUACAGAAAGUGGGAUCCUGGGCACGGCUCAAAAUGCCAAAUAGAUCAUCUUCAAAUAAACCUGAGCCUGAGUUGGAAUGCUCACAGACAAGUGAACAAAUUAGAGUUAACAAAGAUCUGGAUGAUUUUGCCUCUCUAAGAGAGCAUGAUCUUGAUAAGAUUGUGCCGAGCAUGACAAGGGGAGUGAUAGGACUGUCUGGAACUCCAGAAGGGAAUUCUGAUGAAGCUGUAGCAUGUAGUGGUCCCAUUAGAAAAGUGACGACUCCAACAGGAUUGCACAAGACUGUCAGUUCAAGUAAUGGUUUGCAUAAAGUUGUUUCUACAAGCCCACCUUCAUCUGAAGAACAAAUCCAUGCAGUGACGGUAACCAGUUCAGAUAAAGUGGUCGAUUUGGGAUGGUGUGAGACUGUCAGUUCAAAUGAUGUCUUGAAGGAUUUAGCCUUUGUCAAUCCACCUUCAUCUGAACAACAAAUCCCUGAAAAAGCCUCAAAACAUGGGAUUGUUAAUUCAAGUAAUGGUUUGCAUAAUCUUGAGUCUCUGAGCUCUCCUUCAUCUGAAGAACGAACCCGCGUAGUGACAGUAACCGUGCCACCUAAAGAUGUAGAGCUGGGUGUCCUUGAGCCUGUCAGUUUGAAUGAUGGUCUACAGAACCUUGUGUCAGUGGAUCUACGUUCAUCUGAAGAACAAAUCUAUGAAAACAUAACAGAACAUGAGUCUGUUAGUUUAAGUCCUGAUUUGCAAUAUGUUGUGUCUAUGAGCCCACCUUCAUCUGAAGAAGAAUUCCGGGCAGUGACAGUAAAUAUUCCUGAUAAAGCGGUUGGUUCAGAAGUUCUUGAGACUGUCUCUCCAAGGGAUGACCUGGGGAAUCUUGUCUCUGUGGGUCCAGCUUCAUCUGAAGGACAAACCCCUGAAAAAACCACAAAACAUGAUACUGUCAUUUCAAGUCAUGGUUUGCAUAAUCUUGAGUCUCUGGAUUCACCUUCAUUUGUUGAACAAAACCCUGAAAUUCCACAGAAAAGGAGAACAGUGAAUUACGCUGUGGCAUCUGAUUGUGCAACUAGGGUCAACCAACAGAAUGGAGUGGAUAUUGCAGCAAAUGAAAUCUCUUCUGGGAAAAAUACCCUGGUAAACUCACCAGCAGUGGAGCUUGUGACAGCCGUUGUGGAUGCCUGUUCAGUGGCACUACAUCAGGCACACCAAGACAAAGGUACUCUGUUAGCCACAUUGAGAGAAGUUCAAUGUGGAGAUGCACAAGCUAGAGAAAUGCAGAAUACUGCCCAACCAGUUGAAAUUCCAGUAUCCCAAUCAGUUGCAACAGUAGCAUAUGUUCAUUCUGAUCUUGCUGUGGACAAUGAGCCUGUGGUACAAGUGCCACAGCCACCAUACUCUAAUACACCUGAUUGUAAUCCUCUUGAGUUAUCUUCAGUUGGUGGAAUAGAAAUUCAGCCAAGUAUUGAAGAUCAUGCCAUUGACCAAACUGCUCAGGGUUCAUAUGAAAAUGCUACGAACUUACUUGAUCUUUCAGAUCAAACUUUUUUGCAGCCUCUGACAUUGCAUCGGUCUGUUAAUAUCCCUACUAGUGGAUUUGGACAGCUUUUGCCAGACACAUGGGCUACAUCUGCUACUUAUGCAUUUAAUACUCAUCCUAUACAUGCUGCACCUCAUAUGGCAUAUGGGAUGCCUCUGACCUCAUCCUCUGACCCUCUUCAGUACGAGUUAGAAAGAUUGAACAAAGAGACAGACCAAAACCAUAAGUCUCAUGAAGAUAUGAAGCAGCGCCUGAAAUCUGAUUGUGAAAAGGAGAUAGAGGAGGCUACUACUGAAAUUCGUCGCAAGUAUGAAAUUAGAUUACUGGAGACUGAAGCUGAAUUUCACAGUAAAAAGAAAGAACAGGAUGCAAUCCGUGACCAGGUUAUAAGGAAUAAGAUUCUCUCCUGGGCUUUCUGUAAAUACAUGGAUCUUAUUAGGGCAUCGAGUGCAUCUGGAGUGCAGAAAGAUGGCAAUUCCAAUUUCGUCCAGCAGCUGCACCAGCUCUCUAUGCAGCAAAAUGCACAAAGAAGUUCUACAGUUGCCGGUUCAUCUUUGGCAAGCCCUCCUGCAGCUAGCCUGGCGACUUCAAUUGCACUCACACGCAGCCUCCAGGCAACCCCACCUGCACCUGCACCUGCACCUGCACCUGCAACCAAUCCGCAUUGUACAGUUCCACCUACACAGACUCUUCCAUUUUUGCCUGCUCAAUAUCCCAGCAUUCCAGCAAGACCGCCUCACAUUGGUUCCUUCGCUUCCACUGGAAUCCCCCGAGGUGGAGGUGAUAUUCGUGCCCCAGCUCCACAUCUCCAACCUUUUAGACCCUCAACAUCCAUGUCAAAUUGGCAGUCACAUAGCAACUCUCCUGCAAUGUCCCAGUCACUUCCUCAUGUGCCACGACUUCCAACCCCCACACAACAAUCUCUUCCUUAUAAUAGGGCUCACCAUCCUGAAACUGCAGGAGGAUUGUCCGGUCUUCGUUGUAAUAUAUCCGCGUUGGAGUUACUAAUGAACAGCCAAUCUGGUGCUAACCCACCUGGUAUUUUUCCCUCAUUGCCGAAUUUGGGUUUAAACCGUGACCAAUUGCACCUUUCGAGUCCUGCUCCUACCAUCGGAAAUUGUUUCAACCAAGUACAUACUGCUGGACGCACAGAUGUAGUUUGUUUAUCGGACGAUGACUAAUCAGUUACAGGAUACAGGUUCCCGGUUCUAAUUAACGUAGUUUCACCAUGUGUCCUUGUUGCUACUGGGCAUGGCGCGAGGCUGCGACAUGGUAUUAGCACAGCUAGAAGUUCUAACAGUUACCUAGCUGCUAGGAGUUUGUAUAUGCACAUUAUCAAAUGCCUUCUGAUCUAAUGAAUGUAGUUUAAAAUAUAAAUUAUGUA